GUGUUCUUCGUUGAGGUAGAAAAUGUACAAUUAUAGUAGUGUAUGUUUAAUCGGAUUAAUUGUCUUAAAUUAAUUGUUGAGACAGGAUGACUAACCCGCUUCUUCCAGCAGCUUUUGUAGUAUUGGUCACCGAAUGCCCCGGUUGAUCGGAUCACUCCCUGUACUACGCCGGUGGAAUGAUAUUGGGGAACCUUGCAGCGUUUUUUUAUAAUCACGAGACAUUUAGCAGUUAUCAAUACGCCAUGAAAAUUAAAGUCGCUAUUAGUGCAGUUGUAUUUGAGGUGAGAUUUGGAACUUAAAUAGUAUAUCACAUAGUAAUAGUAUAUCUCAAAAAAAGCCCUGGAUGCACUCCAAAGAGCCGACUGGCCAGAAGCGGUGCAGAAUAGGAAAGAGUAGACAAUUAUAGUAUCGGAGGCCAUGAUUCUCUUACGGUCGCUGCCGAAGUAAAUUAUGUGGUUGACUUGAUGUGAUUGACUAGUCUUAGUUCCACCGAUCAUUAAUAUGAUGUUAGCACAUUAUUAACAUGAAAAUGUUAAUAAAAGGAUUAUCGUAUUUUGAGUCACAAACCGACGAUGUGGAAGAAUAAUAAAUGAGCGAUGAUACCAUAUUAACUUCACAUUGUGCAAUAAUAAGCAAUACCUUUGUAAUCUUAAACUGUAACGAACUUUGCUUUUAUACUACCGAUUAAAAACCCACAUCAAAUAAUCUAUUGCGUGGUGUUAAAAGAAAAACAUGGGGAAACGACUUUGUUUUGUGCUAUGUGGUGAUACAUCCCAAUGUAAAAUUUGAAAUGUACUGUACAUACUGUAAUGUAUGUAAUGUAUAAUUGGAGAAUGUCGCUCUAGAGCAGCAAAGAAAACCGAUGAAAGGGUGCAACUAAUUAAUGAAGUUGUAACUUGCAUAAGUCUAACACGAGGUUUAAAAUACAAAUAAAUAAAUAAAUAACUGCACUAGCACUAGAUGGCGGUAGAUUAAUUGAAUAAGAGACUCAAUAAAUAAAAGUAAAAAUAAAAAAAUGUGCAGGUAAAAUGUACGCUUGGGAAAUAUCUUUCAAAAACCUUGUACAAACAAAACGUGACGAAGAGCUUAAUUCACUCCGACAACCAGUUUCGCACAGAAAGCAUCUCUGUUCGUUACUGUUCUGGCAUUUGUUCUGGUCGGCAGUCCCAUGUCGGCUAACGUUAUAUUUCCACUCCAGCAAUUUAUGAGCGCCUUGCAAGUUGACUUAAUGUUAUAUUUGUCUAUGAUCAUCACAUCCACGGCAGAGGUGCGUGUUUACAUAAAGCGUUUACAGGAUUUUCUUUUAUUAGAUGACAGGCCGGCUUUGGCGCCACGAGGCAAGGCCUCGACACUCUUCAGACACAAGAACACGAAAAACAUUGAUAAGAAAGUCACGCCGCUUUCUUAUCACAAUACCGACUUAUUAAUUAGUAAAGGUAGGUACGUCGGUAUCGCGAUAUCUGACGUCAUCUGUUCAAUAUUGUUGUAUCUUUGUUACUUGUGUUAUGGACUUAGCACUUUGUACUAUAAUAUACAUAUAUUAGUCGGACAUAUGAAGUAUGUAGAUAUCAAACAAUGCCGUUAGUAACUGUAUUUCUUAUAUUUAUAAAUGGUGCAAUAAAGAGACUAUACCUCAGGCCCAUACUCUUUAUCCAUAAAUAAGGAAGGCCUGUGCCCCAGUGGGGCCGAUUAAAUGGCUGUUGAAGAUGAUGAUGACGACCUAUAUAAGAUUUUCGGAUUUAAGUAUUUAUUGCAGUUUUAUUCCACUUACAUCUUCAAAUUCAUCUGACGAUGCUGUAGCUCCUUACAGCAUUGGUCUCCUUCAAUUGUAUUUGUUGUUCAAUGACAGACAGACAGUCUAGGUUCAAACGGCCAGGAAAAGCUAGAAAAUAAUUUUCCGGUCCGCACAUAAGCCAAGUAGCUAUCUUAAAAGUAGUUAGUCUAAAGUGGUAUUUUAUUGUUACCUAAUUCAAUUAGUGAGGUAAUAUAAAUAUUGAUUCUGACCUCAUUCAAUGACUAUGUUAUUUGACUAAUAAUAAAAAAUCAAUUAUCAUCAUUGUAAAACAUAACAUAUUUAUGAUAUACAAUUCACGCCGAAUUCUUUAUUUAUCAUUAAUGAACAUCUGGGUCGGGUAUAGGUCUAAUCAUAUCUAAUUGAUGGUUACGAAAUAACUGCAUGCUUGCCUGUAGUAUACGAUAUUGAUUUUAAACAUUUUGCUGAAAGUGGUAGUAACAAUAAAAACCAAGAUACAAAUAUCUAUUUCAUAUUUUAUAGGAUUAAUUUUGAACUGGUGUUGGCGAUGCAUCGAUAAAAUUUGUCUGUUUAUUUCAUUCUAGUCACGAUAUUUCGUUGUUGCUGCUUAGCUUAGGAUUGUAUUGUAUUGGGUGCAUGUGCAUACUCAUAAAUAAUGCAAUUUGUUUCCGACCCGUGGCACAACUGCUAGUCCAAAGGAUCGUACGUGAAAGAACACGCGGUCUAAGCGGUUGUACCAUGUAGAAGUAUAUUUAUUUACACGUGGUGUCAACGGUUUUUUACCAUGAAUCUCCGACAUGUGUGUUAUAGAAAAGAAACCGUCCCUGGAUUGGCCAUCGGCAGGAACCAUAGGGUUCCGCGGAGUAGGUAUAUCUGCGGUAGGACACCGUCGAAGCUCCGGUAUUAAAGGAUCUUUGUGAUCCGCGGGGAUGGAAGGCAUGUUGGCUCGUUGUCUUAUGAGUAGGGAUUGAAAGAUUUGUAGAUACAUCUUAUAUGUCUCUCUUAUAUGUAUACGUAAGAGAUUUACGUGAAAUUAUUUACGUAAUUAAUAACGAUAUGUUUGUACCUGUCGAUUUCUAUGAACAUUUGAUUGCAUUCACGACUGUUUUUCAUUUUAGUUUCCCACGGGAUCUUUUUUACCGGGAUAACAUAAAACUUUUAUAUUCCCUAUGUACUUUAUCGUUCCCUAUUUCCCUCCGUCUUCCUAUAUCGUGAAGUCAAACAAAUUUACUUUUGCAUUAUAAUUAAGGUGGGAUUAUGAUAGUAAUAUUAUUGGAUUAUAUAAAAAAAUAUGUUACUAGCACAGAAAGGCAAAUUCAUCGUUUGUAUGUAACUAAUACAGUGUGAUUUCAAGUAGGAAUUGUUGGCAGAACAGGCGCUGGCAAGUCUUCUCUGAUCUCGGCCCUGUUCAGAUUAUCUAACAGAAGGAAUGAUAGCUAUUGCUAUCGAAGGAAUGAUAGUUAUUGAUAAACUCGACACGUCCUUUGUGUUGAGACAGGAUUUUCGAUUUAAAAUAACGAAUAUCUCUCAAGCACCAGUGCUAUUCCCAGCGACAAUCCGAUACAAUUUGGAUCUAUUCAACAUCUACAGCUACACCGAACUCUGGGGGGCCCUUGAAUGGGUAGAACUAAAAUCGGCAAUUCCUUCUUUGGAUUACAAAAUAGCCGAAGGUGGUUCUAACUUUUCUGUUGGACAGAGACAGUUGAUAUGCCUCGCGCGUGCUCUACUAAUAUAAAAUAAGAUAUUGGUCAUUGAUGAGGCCACUGCAAACGUUGAUCCACAGUAUGAGUAAGCUCAAAGCGAAUCCAAUACAUCACGUAUAGUAAACUUACUUUGCUAUAAAAUUGAUUGUAUUUCCACAGAACCGACCUUUUGAUCCAGUAAACGAUUCGCUGGCUAAGUUCCUCGUGUUCAGUACUAACAAUAAAUGCACACAGAGAUGGACACAGUGAUGGACUCCGACCGCAUGCUUCUGAUAGGAAACGGUCGUCUACUCGAGUUUGAUCACCCACAUAAUUUGCU